AACCCAAAUCCCAAAUCCCAAAUUCUCGCAGAAGCUAUUCGUCUCUUCAUCUUCUCCUCCCAUCGUUAGGGUUUCUUCGGUUUUGUCGAAUUUCAAUUUUUUUUCCCUUUGUUGUGUAAUAUUCUUCAUUCCCAGAAUGACAAGGCGGUCGGUGAAGGCAGAAGCGAAGGAGUCAGUCGACGAGUCGGAGCGACUGAGGACGGUGAAGAAGGAGAAGAACCAGUGUAAGGCCGGAACUGAGUCGGGUCAAUCCGACGAGUUGAAUCGGGAGAACCCACAGGGAGCUGUGGAUCGCAGGGUUCUGAGGUCUCAGUACCUCGCGUUGUUCAACAAGAUUAGUGAUGUUCGCGAUGAUUUGUCAAAAGUGGAUUCGAGCAAAUUCGCAGAUAUUAUUAACGAAGUUGAGAACUUGCACAAGAAAGUCCAGAAGCCUCGGGAGCAAAUUGCUGAUGCAGAAGUGCUUCUCGAUAUAGCAAACACCUUGGUUUCAUCGGUUAAGUCCCAAACUGCACAUGGUGUUUCCCCUGCGGAGUUCAUCAAUGCCUUGAUCAAUGGGUUUGGGCAGCCUUCUAGAGGAAUUGACACCGAUGAAAAUACUCGGGUCUCGAUAAACUGGAAAGACAUUGGUCUUGCUGUCUGCUCUACAGUCAAUGUGUCCUUUGGUUGCUCCACAAUGUUGGGGCCUAUGGACACGGAAUUGAAGCAAAGGAAAAGGGCAGUGGUCAACAGAAAACGUACGAGGCUAGCUGAAGGUGUUCAACCAGAUGAGGUUGAUGAUACACAGGCAGAAGAGAAAACAGAUACGGACAACAACAUGCUGAUAAUGUUUAAUAUCUUAAGGCGAAAUAAGCGUGUCAGGCUUGAAAAUCUGGUCCUCAAUAGGAGGUCAUUCGCACAGACAGUAGAGAAUUUAUUUGCACUAUCAUUCUUGGUCAAAGAUGGACGGGUUGAGAUCACUGUGGACAAAAGCGGUUCUCAUUUCGCAUUGCCAAGGAAUGCAGCUGCAGCAAAUGCAGUUAUGUCGGGCGAGGUUGUUUAUAAACAUUUUGUGUUCAGAUUCGAUUUCAAAGAUUGGAAGUUGAUGACCACAAUGGUUCCAGCGGGUGAGGAACUUAUGCCACAUAGAGAAACUGCAGUUCCUUCAUCAUCUUCUCAGUUGCCAUUAGCAGAACCAACACAAGAAGAAAAUGUCGUAGAGAAUUCUCAGACAACACCGAUAAGAAAACUGUCUAGGAACCGAGGUCUGGUAGUACAAGAGGAAACGGUCGUAGAAGAUACUCCUGAUGAUAUCAGUUGUGAUGCCAGCCAAGGUGCCGGGCUCCGCCGCAGGUGCAAGCGUAGGCUCAAUUGAAAGAUGGUUAGUAAAGGUGUGAAGCUCUUUUUUGGCUGCAUAACGAAGCUUAGCUCUCGUUUAUGCUUCGGUAUGUAAUAUAUAUAUAUUGGUUAGGACUUAGGAGUACCCGUCUCAUUCGUGGUAAGUUUUUGGCAGCGUAUAGGCGCUACUGUCAUUACAGAUUCGGGUAUGAGCUUCAGUAUCUUAAAAGUUCAAGAUCCUUCAUGCUGGUUUUUGUUAUAAAGACAAAGCAUAAAUGGUUCUUGUACUUUUGUAGAACGUUCGAAAAAGCCCUGAAUCUCAAGCUAGCCAUUUUAUUUUGAUUGUUACAAUCAUUUUUGUCUAUGCACCUGCGUUAUCUUA